GCAGAAGCUCUUUCCCAUCAGUGUGCCACUGAAGAUCCUGGUGUCGCCAUGGGUCGCCGCUCCACCCGUUGUUACUGGUAUUGUAAGAACAAGCCGUACCCAAAGUCUCGCUUCUGCCGAGGUGUCCCUGAUGCCAAGAUUCGCAUUUUUGACCUGGGGCGGAAGAAGGCAAAAGUGGAUGAGUUUCCGCUCUAUGGCCACAUGGUGUCAGAUGAAUAUGAGCAGCUGUCCUCUGAAGCCCUGGAGGCUGCCCGAAUUUGUGCCAAUAAGUACAUGGUAAAAAGUUGUGGUAAGGAUGGCUUCCAUAUCCGGGUGCGGCUCCACCCCUUCCACGUCAUCCGCAUCAACAAGAUGUUGUCCUGUGCUGGGGCUGACAGGCUCCAAACAGGCAUGCGAGGUGCCUUUGGAAAGCCCCAGGGCACUGUGGCCAGGGUUCACAUUGGCCAAGUUAUCAUGUCCAUCCGCACCAAGCUGCAGAACAAGGAGCAUGUGAUUGAGGCCCUGCGCAGGGCCAAGUUCAAGUUUCCUGGCCGCCAGAAGAUCCACAUCUCAAAGAAGUGGGGCUUCACCAAGUUCAAUGCUGAUGAAUUUGAAGACAUGGUGGCUGAGAAGCGGCUCAUUCCAGAUGGCUGUGGGGUCAAGUACAUCCCCAAUCGUGGCCCUCUGGACAAGUGGUGGGCCCUGCACUCAUGAGGGCUUCCAAUGUGCUGACCCCCCCCUUAAUACUCACCAAUAAAUUCUACUUCCUGUCCAAAAAAAAAA